AUGGUUCUCGAAAGGGCGGCGGUUUCCACGGCGGAAUACACGGCGCAUUACAUGAUGGACGGGGGAGUGGAGGAGGUGCUGGAGUCGCGUUACAUCCACGUGGGAGCGACUGCCACGUCAGCUGCAGCCGCGUCGUUCUGGCCGGGAACGGGCCAGCAUACCAGCACCCGCCACGUGGCAGGGCGCCGCGAUGGACAGCCCUCUGCUUCGUUCAAUUCUGGUGGGCGCAACGAGAUACGGGUCACAGAUGUGAAAGACGACGGGAGCACAGGGAGAGGGGAGGGGCGCAUGGCGGAGGUGCUCGAAGGCAGAGGGGAAUCGGGGGAAGGGGGGGAGGCGUUUGGGGGAAAAAGCCGCGCGCCAGAGGUGGAAUCUGCGCCCAGCCUUCAAUCCCAACGCAGCAUGGCGGAACAUAUUGGGGCAGUGCGCGGAGACAUGCAGGGGAUGAGCGCGCGGGGGGGGAAGGCGGAGGCGGAAGAGGGGGAGAAGCGGGAAGGGGCGGGGAGGGAUGGAAACAGGGGAGAACCAGGGGGGAAUGGGGGGAGGGGGGAAGGGGCGGUGUGGGUAGAUGAUUUGGAUGGGAAGGGGUAUGUGAGUCUAGGUCGGCCUACUAAUGUGGAAGUAGGAAGCACAGAAGGAUUGUUGGGGAACUUGGAAAGGCUGGACUCUGCCAGGCUGGCAGAACCCGAACCUGAGCUCGAGCCUGCUGCAGAAACGGUCCACGAAACCGGCACUGCCACUGCUGCAGAUACUGACAAAUCCGCCAGCUGUCCGCACGCUGCAACGGGAUUGGUCGGCGCGGGAGGCGGUGAGGUGGUGAACGCGAUGGGGAUGCGAGUGAGAGUUAAAGCCGAGGCGGAGCAAACAGGAGGGUCCUAUAGUGUGUUGGAGUAUGAGGUUCCGGCAGGGGAGGGGUCAGAGGAGCACAUUCACACGCGGGAGCACGAGGCGUGGUUUCUCCUGGACGGGCAGAUGACAUGGACGAUCGAGAAAGAGACCUACCAAGCCAGCAAGGGCAGCUUCAUGCACAUGCCUCUUGGCCGGGCACAUUCUUUCCGCAACAACUCUGACCAACCUGCCCGAAUGCUGGUGGUCUGUAUGCCGGGCGGGCUGGAAAAAUAUUUCCUGGAAAUUGGAGAUCCAGAGGAAGCAGCUAUUAUUGGACAGGAUGGUGCUGUGCAUAAGCCUGUGGUGGUCCAGGCAAAGGUGCAGAAUGCCAUCAAGAAAGCCAUGCUCUACGGUCUAGUGUAUCCGAAAGGUGCAGCUGCUUAG